AUGGUUGAGAUUGAUUUUGUACCCAUGUCAUAUUAUCGGGCAAUGGAAAAAGAUAUGCCAAAACAAUAUGCACAAAGAUUGUGGUGGUGUUUUUGUACAACGUCAGUUCAAAUGGUUGAUGAAACGUUAAAACUUGUGGAAAACGAUGUUUUUGAUAAUUCUGCAACAGUUAUUGCUUAUAAGAUAAAAUAUUCUGAUAAGCAAUUUGCAGAUACUACGUAUGUUACUGCAAUGUUGCGUUUUAGGAAACCUAUUUCUCAGACACAAUUAUAUGAUGAUUUUAUAUGUCAACAUUAUUCUAUAAGAAGGAAUAUUGAUAAUUUUAAAAUUUGGCAUCCAUCCCCACGUGAAAUUCGUGCCACGGAAAUAGACGAUGAUAUACAGAAUAGCGAGCAGUUACUGGAGGGCUUUGUGUCGCGUAGCAUGCUUUGGGAUUUGAAGAACGGGGAAUACGAAAUUUACUAA